UACCCUUGGGCACAUAGUUUUAGGUAAGAAAAUAAAAUAGUAUAUAAUUUCUCUGUUUUUUUAUAGUUACAACACUUCUCUUUUCACGCUUGUCGAUGCAUGAUUUCAAUCGUCUUUAAUUGCCAAUAUGUAAAAAUUAUAAACAUUUGAUAUUAAAAUAGUAUUGUAGGGCAAUUUUCAACUAAUCUUAUUAAGCCCUACUGUGGUUCAUGUUUUCAAGCAUGGCGGCGCUUCAAGGAAAAGAAGCUAGAGAUAAAAAAGUCACCAACAAGUUUUAGGAACUUGUGAACCGUUCACGGGUAUGAAGGCUAUACCCCAUUCACAAUCACGGAGAUUGCUAACUCCAUAGAGGUCCGGAACCAUACUAGUAGAAAAACGCAAAUUGGUGGCCAUAAAUGGGAAGCGGUUAAUGAAAUCCGCCGCCCAAAAACCCACCUUAGCUAAAAAAAAAUAGGGUUUUUCUAAACUAUGUCCCUAAGGUAGUUGAAUUUCUAAGGUGUACCCAUGCUUUUUCAAAUUUCUAAGUUGUGCUCCUCAACUCACUACCAUUAAUGAAUGGUACCCUCCUUAGGACUUCCACAUCAGCUAAAGUUAACUAUAAAUUUAAUAAAAAGAUGAUAAAAGGUAAGGAAAUGAUAGGAGAAAGAAAUCUUAGCCAUCGCAACCCUAAUAACGAAAACUGAAGCCACGAAAUCACACUUUCAAUUAACUUUUAAACAACUAAUGAGGAUACAUUUUAGUAUUGAUAAGCACUUGAAGGGCACGGCUUAAAAACUUGAAAAAGCAUGGGUACACCUUAGAAAAACCCAAAAAAAUAAAAAAAUACAAAUGGGUAGCGGUUUGAACCGGAACGCUGCCCAUUAUGUUUUUUUUUGUUUUUAAAAUUUUUAGCUCUUUAAUCCCUCUCUCCUCCCUCUCAAGACUCAGUUCUACCCCUCUGUCUCUCUCCUCCUCUCGAUCUCUCACCUCUAUCUCGUUCUCUCAGCUCUCCUAUCUCGUUCUCUCACUCACUCUCUCGUUCUCUGCUUUCGUUCUCAUUCUCAACAACAACCACUGCCCUCCUUCGAAAAUCGGCGUCAAAACCAAGGACAACCAUCAUCGCCGCCGCCGUCUACUUUUUGAAUCUACUAUAAUGGAGUUUAGGGUUCUUGGGUGCGUCUACUUUGAAUUGUGCGUGCGUCUUCAACAACAACAAAUUCGAAUCAAUUUCGAACCAAAAGUCAUAAAUUCGAAAUUUGCUUCCUCGGGAUUCGCAAUGUUCUAACUCUGUUUCAACUUAACUAGGGGUUUUCAAUUUUUUGAAAUUAUUUUGGAUUUUUUGGUCGAUUUGUUCGAGAAUGUUCACUUUUUGUGUUCCAUGAAUUGGGUUUACAAGAUUUGAGGAAUACCCAGUUCAAAAUUUGAUGGUUUACACUGUUUUUUGAUGCUCAAUUGAUGGAUCAAAACCCUAAAUCUUCAGUUAGAGUUCCAUAAAUCUGAAGUACUGUUGUUAAUUUCGUGCAUUUUGCUUUGAUUUUCUUUGUUUCGGGUGAACCCCACUUCAUUAAUUUGGGCAAUUUUGCUGUCUAACUGAAGCUCGUUGAAUGAAUUUUGAGGUUUCGGUGGCUCAUACUUGUAAUUGUAUGUACUUUUUGUUGCAGCAGAGGCAGCGGAUAUCGAGUUCUGAGAAUCGGCGAAAGAGCAAAGAAAGUGCCAAGAAGAUGAGUUUGGCUGACACACUAACAUUCUAUAAGCAAAACGACACAAUUCAAGGCAUACUUAGCAGGAUCGAUCAACUACCGAUCAACUCAAGCCAUGAUCCUCCCCUUUGCGAACAUCCCGACCUGACCAAUGGUGACACACAGAUGGUUCCUAUGUUGCUGGUCGACGAGAUGACCAAUGCCUUGCGAAACCUGUAUGAUGUAGGGGUGAGGAAGAUUGUUAUUAUGGGAAUUUACCCUCUUUUUAUGCUACUGUGCUACUGUUGGUCUGCUUUGGUGCUGCUAAUGUUCUGUGUUUGAGCUGCUGCUACUUUACUCAUUGUAAUGGUUUUUUCCUGGAUGAAAUUGUAAUAUAACUAGCUUUUAUUAAUAAAAAUAUCUAUGUUUAUA